CAGAGAGAAAGCUGUGCUGCUUUAUUCUGUCUGAGGGGGUAGACAAGUGUCGAAAAAAUGAUUUCAAAUAAAAGUCUGGCCAGCAAAAUGGAGAAGCCAGUUGCUGUACUCUGGGGUUGCGAGCUGAACGCCACACAGAAGACACAGAAGUUUGUGUUUGCAGAAAACGAUUCUGACGAACAUCACUUGGUCUUGAAGACGAUAUGUUUGGGUGCCGGUACGAAGGAUGAACUGAAUAUCGUGGAAAUAGUGCCAGAGGAUGGGAGUCUGCCAGUCCCCAUCGCUUCUCUACGCCUCUCCUCCUUGCCCAUGGUCAUCAUAAGUGGCAUUGAACUGGCCUCGCCUGUAACCUUCAGACUGAAGAGUGGGUCUGGUCCAGUCUACUUAAUGGGGGAAAACAUGAUCUUGGAGGAUGAGACAUGGGAAGCGGGGGAGGAGGAAGAGGAGGCGGAAGAGGAAGCGGAAGAGGAGGAGGAGGACCUUGAGGAGGAAACUCCGCCAAAGAAAGUCAAGAGGCCGGCGUCCACCAGGAAAACCGGACUUUCCAAGAAGAAGCGUUUAGACACGGACAAGACAGAAGCAGUAUCAGGCGAUAAGUUGCCAGCCACGGGAAAGGAUUCCAUUAAACCUAAAUCAGCCAAAAACUAACUGCUUGUGGAUUUGAAAUGGUGAUUCACGGACACGAGGGGAUUCAACUUAUUUUUGUACCGAUGGUGAAAUUGCAUUGAAAUAAAGUUCAG